UCCAUCUUCUCCAGUUGAGAACCCUAUUCUACGGCCGCGCAGCCCUCUCUGUCUCUCUCUCAGGUAAGGAAGAGCUUUGGGUAGAGUUUUCUUCAUUGUGCAAUGGCUCCUAAAGGUGAUGUGGCGAAAAAGGGUGAUCCAAAGGCUCAGGCCUUGAAGGCUGCCAAGGCUGUGAAAUCAGGUGCAGUCUUUAAGAAGAAAGCUAAGAAGAUACGGACAUCAGUCACAUUCCAUCGGCCAAAGACAUUGAAGAAGGACAGGAACCCCAAAUAUCCCCGUAUCAGUGCUCCACCAAGAAACAAGUUGGACCAUUAUCAGAUUCUCAAGUAUCCACUGACUACUGAAUCUGCAAUGAAGAAGAUUGAGGAUAACAACACCCUCGUUUUCAUUGUUGAUAUCAAGGCUGACAAGAAAAAGGUCAAAGAUGCUGUGAAGAAGAUGUAUGACAUUCAGGCCAAGAAAGUGAACACUUUGAUCAGGCCUGAUGGAACUAAGAAGGCAUAUGUUAGGUUGACACCAGACUAUGAUGCCUUGGACGUUGCAAACAAGAUUGGCAUCAUCUAAGAUCUAAUUUUUUAUCCGUUUGUCUGGAGCAAAGUGAUUCUGAUCUUGCUAUGACAGUUUUGUUAGUAAUGAGACAUUGUGUUAGUACUCCAAUAUUAGUUGCUUUUUUAAAUUUUUGUACUGGGAACUAUAUUUUCUAUACACUAUUGCGAUUGUGUGCCAAUUAGGAAUAUGUUUUCUAGUGGUAUUGCAAUUUUUCUGUUCUA